CAUUUUUUUAACACUUUAGUACAAUGUACUUAUUUAUUUCAUGUCAUCCCUACUUGUUAUUUUGGUUAAUUCACUCCCUACAUUAUUUUAACAAUUCUCUAACUCUGUAGAGGGUCUACUUGAGGUUUUGCUAGUUUUGAGAGUGGUCCUCCUGUGUGGCGAGCUUAUGAAUGAAUCUUGUUUACCAUUGUUCUGAUCACGUGACAUACACUCCCACACCCAUUUGCAGCGUGUCUCCAUGGCAGCAGUCUUGAACAAAGUUCGCGCGUUCUUACGCUCCUGAAAUGGAACCCGCGGAGCGCGUGUCUCACGCGGUUUAUUUUUGGUUAUAUUUGGUGGUGGCGGGUGUCUCGAGGCUGUGAGCUCGAACGCACAGAGUGGCCUUUUUAAAAAUAACGCAGUGGCUAAAAUAGCCUUGCACGAACGGCUAGGCAGAGAGAUCAGACAAAGCCUCAUGCCGAGAGCUGACCUGCUUCUAUUAUUGCACUCUUGUAACGGUCUGGUGAGCUACAUCGUGAGAACGCGAGAUCAGCAAGUAAACAGGGUAUCCCUUGUCUCACUGAUAUUGUACAGAGUUGUGCUGACUUCUGCUGGUCGCUCUCGACAGAUUUUUGAGGAGUUCUGACUAGCUGCUUGUAUGCAGGGCAUGACGACUCAUUUUAAAGCGGGCAAAGCUUUAAAGGUCAAGAAGGAGGUGGGUGAGAAUGCCCCGGCGCUCAGUGAUGACGAGCUGGUGGCCAUGUCGGUGCGAGAGCUCAACCAGCACCUGCGCGGGUUGACAAAGGAAGACAUGGUCCGGCUGAAGCAGCGUCGGCGCACGCUAAAGAACCGCGGUUACGCUGCCAGCUGCCGCAUCAAGCGCGUCACACAGAAAGAGGAGCUUGAACGGCAAAAAACAGAGCUGCAACAAGAAGUGGACAAACUGGCUCGUGAAAACGCCAGCAUGCGACUGGAGCUGGAAGCGCUUCGUGCUAAGUACGAGGCCCUGCAGUGCUUUGCCCGGACUGUCACCCGUGGGCCUCCCGGUAAGGUGGCCACCACCAGCGUCAUCACUAUUGUCAAGUCUGCCAAUCACAGCCCCAGCUCCGCCCCUUUUUCAGCACCUUCGUAGUGCUGAUCAACAGUGCCUAACCCAGCUCCUUCUGGUCCAAUCCGGCUCUGAACCUAGACUGGCUCACGGGCCGCCGCUCGACCCACACUGAGAGGAAGCUCAGUGGUCAGACUGAGGGGAGGGUGGAGGCCUUAAUAUGCGUGACUACAACAAGCUGCAUCUAUUUUUUCACUCCUCUCUCUUUUACACACUCACAAAACACACAUACAUACAAAAACACAUCUAUAUUGUCUGUGCACUGUGCUAUAACCUCCGGCACCGGCAGGGCACACUGACCACUCUUUCAACCUCACCACAGGCUGAGACUUAGCAGAGAUGAGCACUUGUUAAAGUGUGAGAUAGUACUUGAUUUAACCUGCCAUGGCAGCACUGGUUCGACAGCUAUGAUGCCCAUAACAAAUUAUUAUUCAUAUGUAUAUUUUAAACAUGCACUACCGUUCAAGUUUGGGGUCAGACUCGGUACAUAUCUUUUAUUUAUUUUUUUUAAUACUUUUAUUCAUCAAGGGCACAAUAAAUUGAU